AUGUGUUUAUAUGUAAUCGAAAAUAUGAGAUGUCGCUUUUCAGUUUCAAAUGAAGAGAAAUGGGAAGGAUGGAGUAAUACUCCGUUUGUCAAUUCGGUUGAAGAAAAAAUUAUAGAAUACCGUCGUAAAAAAGCAGAAUCAGAGGUUGUAGCAGAACAAAGAGAUGAAGCGGACUUUUUUAAUGAUAUGCAACCAAAAGUUGUGCAAACGCGAAGAGCUUUCAUUGACAAUUACUGUAAUACCCCGAUCCAAAAUAGCAAUUUAUUUGCUGUCAAAAUAGAUGAAGUGCUGCCUUCCCAUUUAGGCGAACUUGAUAACUUGGAAGAUGCAAGCACAUAUGAUGAAAACGAAGUUUGGGACACUCAAAUCGAUAUUGAGAGUGUUGACAAAGCCUUGCGUGAACAAAAGGCUAAAGAAAGACAAGAACGGAGGCUAGCAAGACAAAUGGAGCAUGCAAAGAGAUUUGAGCGAAGAAAAGAAUGA